AUGCUGUAUCUGAAAACGCUUGACGACAAUCUUAAUGCGGUUUCCUCACAGUUGAACAAAUCUGUCGAGAUACUCAAUUCGACAAAUAAAUGCGCAUCCUGCUUGCAACCAAUAUUAGAUCAGUAUUUUUUGAUGAUAGCCGAUCGAAGUUGGCAUACAGGCUGUCUUCGGUGCUGUCUUUGUCAACGGCCUCUCAGCACAUCACCGUCCUGUUUCUUAAAAGAUGGGCUGGUUUUCUGUCGUCAAGAUUAUACCACGUGCGUUAUUUGUCACACUUAUAUGAAACGGUGUGAGAGGUGUAGUGUAGUACUUUGCUGCGAUGACCUGGUAAUGAGAGCUCGAGACGCUAUAUUCCACCUGCGAUGCUUCACCUGCAUCGUUUGUGAUGUUCAACUUCGGCCAGGACAAAUGUUUGCAAUGGCAGAUAAUGGAACUUUAUACUGUCAAGAUCAUUAUGGUCCAGUAAGCUCUACAAAUUCGCAACUUCCAAGUAUGAAAAUUGAGGCGUCUGAGGAGCGGUACAAGCGAAAAAAACAGCGUUGUAAGAAAAGUAAAAAGUUGUCGGAAGAUGGCGAAAAUGUUUCAGAUCAUUUAGAAUUUUGCGAGGAAGAAAAUCAAAUUCAAACGCAUAAAUCGAAACGAAUGCGGACAAGUUUCAAGCAUCAUCAGCUUCGAACAAUGAAAAGCUAUUUUAAUCUGAAUCAUAAUCCAGAUGCAAAAGACCUUAAACAACUUGCUCAACGAACUGGAUUGACCAAGAGGGUUUUGCAAGUUAGAAUUGAUAAUUCUCUGAUUUUAUUCGUUUGGUUUCAGAACGCUAGAGCUAAAUUUCGACGUAAUACAAUGCAGUCUCGCGAUAUGAUAAUGAUCACACCAAGUUCAACGCAAAGUCCCAGUAUAGCUUCAAAUAAUGAUAAGAUAUAUAUCGAAUCAAAAGUCAAAUCACUGACGGAAACUAGUCGAAAGUCAUCACUGAGCCCAGACGAGGUGAAAAAGAAGAAUGUCGCAUUCUGUGACACAACAAAUUCAAUUGACAACUCUGAUAUAAUUAUUAAUGCACUAAAAUUAGAAGAUGGUUGUGAUGAUCAGACUGAAAAGUCGCUAACAGAAUAUUUUGAUGCCGAUACAACACUGUUAUGA